GCCCGGCCGCCCUCCGGAAGCGGCGCGGGGGACGCGCGGUGCGGCGGCCGUGGGCUAUUACAGAAUGACCUUGCAUUGAGCCUUUGUGGAAGAAACAAGAUUUAAACAUCAGUUCUUCAAUGUGCAUCCUUCUAUUCAAAUUUGACCCACGACCAGUUUCAAAAAAUGCAUACAGGCUUAUUCUAGCAGCUAAUAGGGAUGAAUUUUACCACAGACCAUCCAAAUCAGCUGAAUUUUGGGACAGCAGCAAUGAGAUCCUUAGUGGUCUGGAUAUGGAGGAGGGAAAACAAGGAGGGACGUGGCUGGGAAUCAGUAAGAAAGGCAAGAUGGCAGCCCUGACAAACUAUAUGCAGCCAAAGAUUGAUAAAAAUGCAAAAGGAAGAGGUGCUCUUGUAACAAACUUCCUGACUGCAGAUCUGGACAGCUACACUUAUUUGAAGAAAGUUUCAGUAGAGGGACAUCUUUACAAUGGAUUUAAUUUAUUAGCAGCUGACUUGAAUACCACCAAAGGAGAUGUAAUUUGCUACUAUGGAAACAGAGGAGAUCCAGAACCUGUUUUCCUAAAUGCUGGAAUAUAUGGAUUGAGUAAUUCUUUGUUGGAUACACCAUGGAAGAAGGUUCAAUAUGGGAAGCAGCUUUUCACAGAAGUGGUCAAGAGAAGUGAAGACCUUACCAAGGAAGAUUUGGUGCAGGAGCUUCUGACAGUGAUGAAUAAUCAAGAGCCUCAACUGCCAGACCCUGCAAUUGAAGACCAAGGGAAGGAUUAUAUCCGUCCUAUAUUGAACAAGUAUGCAGCUUUGUGUGUUCGUUGUCCAAAUUAUGGAACAAGGACAAACACGGUCGUGCUCAUCGAUGCCGAGGGACACGUAACUUUCACCGAGCGCAACAUGAUCAAUGCUGAUGUCAACCAGUGGAAAACAAGCACCUAUGAAUUCAAACUGCACAGCUAACAACUUUCCACAUGAAUGGUUGGUAAUAAUAGCAAUGAGAGAACAAGCCAUUAAGCUCUAGUAAAUGUUUUGUGCCAGCCUCCACAAGCUAAAAAUAGCAAGGAAAGCAAAAGUUUAAAUAAACUGAUAGCAUACCCUAUCAAGCUCACAAAUGCUUUGGAGAAAACCAGAUGAAGAUGCUGUUUUUACAUGAAGUAGCCACUUACAAUCAGAAAUAUUUUAUUUAAUAUCGCCCCCCCUUUCAGGGCAAGGCCAUCUUUGUCCAAGACAAAGUCAUUGCUUUUUUGUGGGUGUGGAUUUUUUUAAAGAUGUUAUAAGUAAACUUGGUUUUAGUUCUAAUAGUGGGGAGAUAUUUGCUGCUUUUAUUGUUCUAUAUGAAGGUUUUACCAAACUUUGCUUUAUGUUCAACACAUGCUGUUAAGAUUGUACAGCUGAUGCCAAUGUGCAUUAAAUGAAUGUAUCUUAUCCUGGUAGUAUUAAGUGCUUUAGUCUCAUUUAAGCUUUUUAGUGCUAUGGUGCAAUGUUCUGCCUGGGGAGGGCAGAGAGUUCUUUAAAUUGGUUUUUGUAUAGAUAGUACAGCAAUAGAUCUUAUUUCUAGAACUUUAUCUGAGAAUCAAGGUAGGGAAUUUAGUUCAUUCUCUGUUCACUUUUACUGAAAGAGCCAUGGGAGCAGACUUGCUUCUCUUUGACCUGAAUAAAACUAUUUGUGCUGUGACAUCCUGUUUCCUGAUAGUCUAAGUAGCAAUAUUGUUUUUAUUAUUUUCUUCCCCAGCAAGCAGGUAAGGAAUAGGUACCUGUUUGCAAACAGAAGAUGAGGUUUUCAUAUAUUGGCUGCUUUGUACAUAAAAAAUCUUGGAUUCAUUUCUUUAUUGGUAUAAUAUGUUACAGCCUGGAGUGACUGCUCAUAGAUUUUUAGUAAAAAUAGCUAUGUGUUGUAAGGUGACACUGUUGCAGUCUUAUAUUGGUGAAAAGGUUGGGUAUUAAAAGGUACUUCCUAUGUUCUAACACCUGUGAAUUAAAAAGCUAUUUAAAUGCGUGCUUUUUCAAUUAUUCAGUGCCAGUGUAGGUAAUGGAAGAUUCUAGCUAAUAUCAGGAUAUUUGAAAACCCUAAGCUAUCUUUGUUUCUGUUGGUGUUCUGUUUUGACUUAUUUUGAAUACUGAAUAUUAAGUUAGUAGUGGAUCACCACUGUUUUUUCCUUUAGGUAUUCUGACUGUAUUUUCACAAGCCUCUGAUUUUAAUUAAUAAUUGCAAAGUAGACACAUUUUUGAUACUCUUUGGAAGAUGUGCAGCUGUGUUUCUGUACUCAAGCUGGGCAUUUGUGUUUGGGCAUUCUCGUGUGUGUGUGUGUGUGUGUGUGUGUGUGUGUGUGUGUGUGUGUGUGUGUGUGUGUGUGUGAUGGAGGCAGCAGUAAAUGAGACUUUUCCAUUGAGGUGAAGCACUGUGAAAGGCCAUUUCCAGAUUUGUGAUUGUCAGGAGAUGCUGAAGCAGCAUUUAGUCAAAUCUCUUCUUCAGAUUUGCAUAUUUAAAUAGCUUCUAGAUAACCAGGACUGCUUACAUGACUAGUCACAGGCUGUGGAGUCAGUUCUGUAUAAUUGAUUUUUUGACCACCUUGAUUGCAAGACAGUCAACAGUUGUGUUGCUUUAGAACUCAAAAUCUUCCAGACUGUCCUGAGCUGCAGGAAAUGGUUAGCCCUUUUUAAUUUUUGAUGACUUCUUAAACCCUGUAUUUGUAUGGAUAAAAAUGUUAACUGUUAUUUUUAGAUGCAAAGAAGUAGCUAAAGUUGUCUUAAAUUUGAGUUUGACACAUCCAUACCUAGAAACAAAGUUCUGCCUCGAUAGCUUGUUCUGAGAGUUUGCAUAGCCAACUUUUUUAUAUCCACUUACAAAUAGUGGGUAUUUAAACAUGACAUUCUCUUUGAAGACAUUAUCAUAAAGGCAAGCAGAAUACUUGCAUGCAGUAUCAUGCUAAAAGUAUUUAUAAACUUUGGUUUUUAUAGCAGUCCUGUAAUAAUGAAAAUCUAUUAUUAGUUUUUAUAGGCAAAGAAAGGCGAAUCAGAGCUUAGAGAUAAAUAUGGAUUAUAAUCAUAAUCCUGAUAUGCUUGAAUCAAAAUUCUAAAUCUGGGACUUGCUUUUUCUGACAAAAUAAAUAGGAAAGAGCCCA